AUGUCAUCGAGGUGGGAUGUCUUAGUCCAUAGGCUGCCUCUGACGACUUCACUCACCAAGCGUUUUCCUCGCUCACUUCCUGAGGGCCACCACUUUCAAUCAUCAGAGCAUCACACAUUGCAACCACUGCGCGCUUCAUCAAGAGCAACACAGUCUCGCAGACAGUUGGCUUCACACUCGCCACCUUCUCUCUCAGUCAUCAGUCAUACAGCAAAUGUCAUAAGACCAGCCAUGGGCAAGAAGAAGGAUAAGAAACGCGCCCGAGAAGCUGCCGCUGCGGCUGCCGCCGCUGCCAAUGGCGCAGCCCAAGGGUCGACAGCGAAGGGCGUCGUCUCACAACAACAACGACAACAGACCAUGGCUCCUAUCCCCGAUUCCACACCACAAGGUCACAAUCCAUUUUCAGCCGAAAGCUCUUCUGGCCCCCCACCUUUCAUUCCGCCGUGGUCUGCGGUGAACAUGAUGACCAUGGCCGCAAAUGGUCUCAAUGGUGGUGCAGGUUACCCAAUGCCUCAGAUGAUGAACGGACUCCAGAACUUCAGCAUGCCAUUCUUACAACCAAACAUGUUUACAAGUCAGCAAUUUCCUAACAUGUUUGGGAUGGGCAUGGGAAGCAUGGCUUUCAGCACAAUGCCGCCGAACAUGUUCCCCGGCCAGCCGCCAUCACCCGCACAGGGCCAGUACGAUGCCGCCCACCCGCCCGACACCAACGGCAGGAGCGGGCGCGCAGCCUCGCCCAGCAGCAACAAGAACGGGCGCGCGGCCAUCACGCCGCCGAGCAAGGCGUCAGGCGGCAUACCGGACCCGACCCCGCUGUACCUGGCGCGGGCGUCCUUCCUGCCCAAGCGGCGGGCGGAGCCGGGCCCCCUGCUGGUGGUGAUCGACCUGAACGGGACGAUCCUGUACCGGCCGGACCGGCGCAAGUCGCAGAACUUCCGGCGGCGGCCCCACGCCGACGCGUUCGUGCGGUACUGCGUCGAGACCUUCUGGGUCGUCUUCUGGAGCUCCGCGCGGCCCGAGAACGUGCGGCGCAUGGUCGAGGGCCUCGUCGGGCCCGACCUGCUGCCCAACGUCGUCGCCGUCUGGGGCCGCGACCGCUUCGGCCUCACGCCCGAGGACUACAGCGCGCGCACGCAGUGCUACAAGCGGCUCACGACGCUGUGGGCCGACCCCGUCGUCAGGGCGAGCUUCCCCGCCGACAGGCCCGGGUAUGAGGGCAGGUGCUGGGACCAGGGCAACACGGUCCUCAUCGACGACUCGGUGGAGAAGGCCCGGAGCGAGCCGCACAAUGCGAUCACCAUCCCCGAGUUCACGGGCGACAUGAACGAGUCGCUUGAUAUUCUGCCCAGGGUACACGACUAUUUGAACGAAUUGUGCUUUCAGGAGGAUGUUAGCACAUACGGUCGGGCUCAUCCAUUCAAGAUGGCAUAG